AUGGUCGGGCCGGCAAAGGAGGUCAUCGACAACCUCGGCGUCGACUGUACCAGCGGCGGCUCAUUCUAUGUGUGCAAUAGCAAGUCAGUCAAGUUCGUCGGUUGCUGCACGCUCGACCCAUGCAAGACAUCCGACGGCAACUGCCCCGACCAGAACCUUCGAAACACCACGUUCCAGGCGUACUCCUACAACCAAAUCAAGCCCCAGAAAUGCGUUAGUGAAGACCCAGAGGUGCAGUGGUUUGCCUGUGCCGCAUCCAAGCCCCCCUUCAUGGGAUGCUGCUCCGCCAAUCCCUGCCAGCUUGGUGGGUGCCCAGCGGGCAAGCUCUAUGCCGCGAGGCUGAACGACGACUACGAGCUUGCCAGACCGUUUCUCGCCGGAGCCCCGAAUGAAGGACUCUCCACCGCCGCGACUAUUGGGAUAUCUGUUGGAGUCACGUUGGCUGCAAUGUUCAUGACCGUCUCGGUGAUUUUCUGGUGUGCUAGCCGGAGGAAGAAGAGGACCCAGGAGCCUCGCCGGUCUGAAGGCAGUGGCACGGUCCCGCCGGUUAGAUACAGGUCGCACUCAGUUCGGUUUCCUGACAACACCAAUCUCGGAUUAGGUGUGCGCCUGAAAUCUCCCUAUUCAAAGAACUCUGAAUACGACAUGCUGCAGAAAACCUCAACCCAGAAGAACUCGCCCUCCCUGUCGCCACGAUCGUUGAGCCUAUCGCAGUGGCGAGAACAGUCAGUACACGGAAGCAGCGCCGGGAGUAACCCUCGCGGCUACCAGCAGUCAGAUGGACGCAUACCAAGUGCUAUUUCAUCGGAGCAGGGGCAUUCUAGUAGAUGGAGAUGGAAGCAUCCUACCCCUGUGGCGCAGGAGCUGCCCCCCGAGCACCAGAUUUUAGAGAUGGAGGAUACUUCGAAUCUUACACCAACUUCGGACACUGAGAAAUUGUGA